UGAUUACAAUAUUGCAGGUGUGAAUGAAAAAUGGCAUAGUAAACUAGAAUAAGAACAUUUAAAGGCACAAAGUGACGAAGUUUAGCUAAAGCUCCAUUGGCCCUCUUGAGCUUGGCAACAGUAUCAUUGAUCUGAGACUUCCAGCUUAAAUCAGAAUCUAAUAGAACACCAAGAUAUUUAAUACAAUUAUAAUAAAUUUAGACAUUUUCUUUCAUCCGUAAUUUUAGACCUGUUAAAGGGUUUGCAUUCAAACUUUAUCAAUGCAUAGAUAUUAUAAAAGUUAAUUGAUUAACAUAAUUUUUUUUUGCCAAAAUGACACUUGUUUGCUUGUCCCAGGCCUCUGAAUUUUUUGCUGACAAGCUCAUAACUUGGGAUCUGCAUGUCGGUUUGCAAUCAAAUUUUGUUAGUAAACAUAUAGGGCUUAUACAAUCUUACCCACAAAAUUUGAUUGUAAACCAAGUUGCAGAUCCCAAGCAGGCAAAAGAACAUCAUCAUCAUCAUUCUCAGCUUAAUCUCUGUUUUCCAUGCUAGCAUGGGUUGGACAGGGUAUAUUAAUGACGCUCUUCCAAUCUGAUCUAGACUGUGUUAGAUCUAAACUCAACUUCCUCUGUAUCCAGUCUGUCCUUAUAACCUCCUGUCAAGUCCUUCUCGGUCUGCCUCUGGGCUUUGCCCCAGGAACUAUAAGUCUCUACACUUUCUUAUACCCAAUUAUCCUCAUUCUUUCCAAGUAACCCAGCCAAUUCAAUCUUCUUAUCUGGAUAACAUCUUUAAUUAUACGGAUACUUAGCCUGCUUGUUAGCUCAUCUGAACUCUUUCAGUCUCUCAGACUGACGUUACACAUCCACCUAACCAUUUUCAUAUCAUUUCUUUCUAAACGGUCAAGAUCUUCCUGCUUCACUGCCCAUGCCUCACUACCGUACAACAUAACACUUCUUACACAGGCCUCAUACAACCUACCUUUUACCUCAAUUGACAAGACUCUGCUAGUCAACAAAGGAUGUUUGUAUGGUUGAUGAUGCAUUUCCCUUAUCCAAGUAUAUGAUGAAACUUUACCCUUUCAAAAGUCUCAGUGUUGAUAAAAAGAUUUUCAACUAUCGCUUGUCAAGAAUGCGAAGAAUUUCUGAAAACGCCUUUGGAAUACUUGCAAAUCGCUGGCAUGUCUUUUCGUCCAUUCUUAAUAGAGCCAAAUAAAGUUAGAACUAUAACAGUUCCUACCAUAGCCUUUCACAACUGGUUGGGGCGUUGAGACACAGAUGCUGGAAAGCCGAUUGAGAGAAUAUUAAAAAUGGUACAAUCAUAGAAGGUGCUUGUAGAUCGGAUAAAAUUAGAGAUACGUGGAUACCCUUGGCUACAAGUCGUGGUAAUCAUACAAGCAAUCAGGCCAAUGUGAUAAGAAUACUUUACGUGGGAAGGCUGUGUUCCCUGGCAAUGGAAAUGUGCAAACAUUCGUUAUAUGUUUGUUUUCGAGAAAUUUUCAACUUGUGUAUGACUCAUUUGAAUGGUUACUUGACACGGUGAAUAUGGAACCUGGCUGGACUGCAACAUACUUGAGUAGUUUUGAUGUUGAGGUGGUUGAAUAGGUGGGAUUGGGGUGCUUUGAGAAUACAUAGGAAAAGUAAGUCUAGUAUUGUUUCUCCUCUGAUGUUCAUAAUCGAAGAAGAUAUCCAUUAUCCUCUUCUUCAACAUUACCCACCAUUCCUGUCACAAUGCAUUAGGCUAUCAGCUACAGUUCUGCCAAGUAACUGCGCUCUAUCACAAAGAUCAGGCUUGCGUUGUGUUGAUCGGUUUUCUGCUUGACGUGCUGAUGCAGGUGGCGAGGAUAAUGAAGAUGCAAGAGCUUUCCACACUUCCAGUUUUGCAUUUUGUUCUGCACUGAUUCUGUCUGAUUUUGAUUCCUUUUUUUACUUUUUUGAAGGAGGUACAAAAGAUCACCAAUUGUGUUGAACGACUUGUUGACGCUACAUGUUGCUUCGAUAAAGGUCAUGUUGCUGAAAUACUCCCUAUUUGAAACAUACACAUCCCUUGUUCCAGAUCCACUAGAUUAUGACGUUUCUUGCCUCAUAUUUUGUAGUUUGUUACAAAGUUGUUCCAUUGUUGUUUGAUUUCAUCCUUGCUGUAUCUUAAUUCUUCUACACAUUUAUUAAGAAGCACAUCUCGUAGAACACAUUCCCUAUCUUCAACAAGAUUAUGAUUUCACAAAGGAGGAUUUAACUGAUAGUAAUAAUCACUGUCAGAAUAUCAGCUGCUUCAAAAUUGAGCCUUUUUUCGUCGUAGAAAUUUCCUCCUUCAAAAACAUCAUCUCUUCUUAAAAUUUCCAUUUUUUCUUUGCUCAUGCACGUACGGAGAGAGUGGAAAGUUUUUUCAAGUCCCUUUAUUGCAUGUUCUCCAUUCAACAAAGAAUAUAAACUGUCUUUUACUGCUGAUCUUUUCUGUUGUGAUCUGGAUAGUCAUUUUUCCACAGUUUUCUUUUCGAUAAAAGUUUAUGAGUUCUCAUUUUUCUUGCUCGUUCAUUUUAACUUUUUUUCCACACAAAAAAAACAAUUCUUGUACUACAUACUUUCCGUUAUGAUUAUUCAGCAUUAUCCAGAAAUUGAUUGGAGAAAAUACCGUAUACUGAUUGGUAGAUUAUCAUCAGGCAGCAAAAAAAUGUUGCUAACCAUAGGGGAUGAAGCAAUAACCUGAAACUUUGGUGCAUGUUGUCUCUCAAAUUGUUUUGAUUUCUUGCAACAUUUUUUUGACGAAUUUAGUCGCAUUACAUGAAAAAAAUCCCAUCAUUUUACCCGGAUCUACGCUGCAAUUUUUUCAUCAGCGUGCAAUGCAACAAAAUCGCAUUGCAUGCGGAUGAAAAUAUCCCUCCAAAGCUUUACACAGCUUUCCAUGUUUUUUCUUGAACUUUGAAUAAUAUGUUGUUUAAUAUUGUGACAUACAAUUAACCACUCAUACGGCUAAUUAAACAGUAAAAUUAAUAUACUUUUGGACAAUGGUUUCUUGUUCUUGUUUUGGUUUUCACUGAAACAGAACAUUUUGUGGAACAAUAUAGAUGGCUAUAGGGAAAUCAUUAAUGAAGAAAAGUGUGGAGAUUUAAGUUGAUCUCUACAGUAUAAUUAGCUGUAUGAGCAACUAAACGUCCCGCAUAAUUAUCCUGCAUCAGCUAAAUAUUAUUUUACAGGCUAAUUAUCAGUUCUCACUGACUGCUCCACAGUUUCUGCAUGAGAAUUAUAAAUUUGAUGUUUGUGAUUGUCUAAUCUAAAUAUUUGUUGUUUUUAGCAUAAGACCACUUUAGUGGUUCACAUGCCUAGAAACAAGAUCUUGAGUAAACCAAUGCAGAAUUUGCUUCAUGUGUUGUAUUGGGUAUUUUUAAUAAAAAUUACAUUACAAUAAUCCAGUAUAUAUAUUUUUUUGUUUUGCCCCGGUUUUGUAUUUUUUAGCAAGCUGGACGGUGGGUGAUCAAAAAAAAUAAAUAAAUAAAAAACCACCAAUAAAGAGGUAUAGAGGUGAUACUACAGUAAAUGUGUUUGUGUUAUUGCAGCUUCCAUACAUUGAUGUUUGUGAUGUGAAUGAGAGGGUGGUUUUGAGAAAAAACAUCAAAUCUUGUGCCAACUUAAGUAUGGAAACUGCCCCUAAAUAGUGGUUUUUGCUACUUUUGCCAUACUUCCAGUUGGCCUAUUGUAACAUUUUGGGGGAAACAGAAUAUUCAUCUAACUUAAUCUAUGAUUUUUAUUUAACACUUCUUGGAUUGUUUGAUCAUAUUACUAUUACCACUAUAUUGUCUGAUAAAUCAUCAUUUUUUGUAUAAAUAUUGUUUUUCUUAAGUGUCAUACAUGUGCAUGUCCUUUCUGCAUGUGCAUGUGUAUUCAUAAAAGUAUAUAUCCUUCUAUUUGUUAUUUUCCUUUUCAAGUAAGGAAAGAGGAGGUAGGGUAAGAGAUUGCGCAUCUGAUAAUGGCAGUGAUAACAAAGAUGACAAGGUUUUCGAUCAACAAUGAAACUUUACGACUUAUUUGCUGAAUUACAGAAUAAUUUUUAUAAUAACGAAAUCAAAAUUUUGACACAUGUAAGUUAAAAAAAUCCUAAUCGCGAAAAUAUAAUGUAUCGAAUUUCGUGAUUAUGCUUCAACCACGAAAUUUAGAAUGCCGUGAAAUGCGAUUUUGUCAAAAAAUGCGAAAUUAAAAUGCAUGCAAAAAUUUCCUGUCUUAGAGUAAUUAAUUUUGCAUGGAAUCUGGUUACCAAGAUAAAAAGGCAAAAUUUAGUAUGUUGUAAAACAGUGUGAAAAGAAAUAUGACAUGUCAUUUUUUUUAAUCUCAAAGGUGCAGAGUCACUAAAAACUUGGCAAUAAUUAAAGUAAAGGCUUUCAGUGGAACUAAAUUUAACCUGCUAAGUAAAAUUUCAGAAAUAAUUCCGUAUGGGGACCUUCUCAGUACCUUUUGGUGAAAAUUAGAUAUCGCAAAAUUUUGCGAGUGUGGGAAAUACAUAUGAUAUUUGUGUGCAUAAUGUCUUUGCCAAAGGGUGCAGUUUAUGAGACAGUUUUUGGCAAUUUUGUAUGGGUUCGAAUUAGCAGUUCGAAUUUUGCUAUUUGUAGAUCAAAAUGCUGUCUUUGCAAAUCUUACUACAAAUUGAAUGUCAAAAUUGCCAAUCCCAUUUUUUCAUCAAUAAUUUGUUUCACCUAUUUCUACUUUUAUCAGAGGAUCAAUGUCAAGUGGUUUUACAGUGCUCCUAGACAACAAUUGUAAAUAGGCUUUCUUCUCUACAGCCACCAAACUUUUGCGAAUUGACUUUAUAUUUCUAAUUCAAACACUGUGAUUUCCUACUCCAUGUGUAAUGUUCUUUUUCAGGCUACCAUGUUUAAGAACCUAUAGAAUAAAUAAAUUAACCCGUUUUUAACAAUAUUAAACUGUAUUUGAGUAUCUGAAGGAACCAAGGCAAAGAUACAGAUGGCAGGUACAGAGCCACACCCUGUCCCAUGUCUUCAACUACCAUUAUUCAAAAAUGCAUCACAUCAUUCAAAGUCAUUUGAAAUUCUAAACACAAUGAGACAGCAACAACUUUUGUGUGAUGUGACAGUUUGUGUUGGUAACAAAAAUAUUCAAGCUCAUAGGGCUACCUUAGCAUCAGCCAGUCCAUAUUUUUAUGCCAUGUUUACCGGAGAAAUGUCAGAAAGCAAGCAAAACAUUGUUAACAUAAAAGAAGUGGAUGCUGAUGCAUUGGAAUUGUUAAUUGAGUACUGUUACACUGCUGAAGUAAAAGUUACAGAAGAAAAUGUUCAGGCACUUUUACCUGCAGCCAGUCUGUUGCAGCUAACAGAUGUGCGAAACGCUUGCUGUGAAUUCCUGAAGACUCAACUACAUCCAACUAACUGUCUGGGUAUUAUGCGAUUUGCAGAUAUGCACAUGUGCCAAGAUUUGGUAGUCGCAGCUCAUUCAUAUAUAGAACAGUACUUCACUGAUGUGGUUGCUAGCGAAGAGUUUCUGCAACUGGAAGCUAGACAAGUGAUUGAUUUUAUUGCUAGUGAUCAGCUCACUGUGCCUUCUGAAGAAAAGGUAUACGAAGCAGUAAGAGCGUGGGUGUAUUAUAACAGACAAAACAGAGACCAUUACUUUCCUGAGCUCAUGCAGCAUGUGCGGCUACCAUUGUUAUCACGUGACUAUCUAGUAGAUAGAGUAGAGACAGAGUCGCUCAUGAAACAGUGCUCAGCCUGUAAGGAUUAUUUAAUUGAAGCUAUGAAGUAUCAUUUAUUACCUCGCUCGCAAAGAUUACUGCUACAAACUCCAAGAACAAAAAGUCGAACCCCGGGUAGACCAAAGAUAUUAUAUGUUGUUGGAGGACAAGCACCAAAGGCUAUACGAAGUGUGGAGUGUUAUGAUAUUCAGUCAGAACGUUGGUACAAUGCCGCUGAUAUGAAUCUUCGCCGUUGUCGUGCUGGUGUGUCGGUAUCCAAGGGAAUUAUAUACGCCGUUGGCGGAUUUAACGGCGCUUUAAGAGUGCGUUCCGUCGAUUCUUAUGAUCCGAAGAAGGACGAAUGGCGACCUGUCGCGUCAAUGGAAGCACGUCGAAGCACGCUAGGUGCCGCUGUGUUGAAUGGACUUUUAUAUUCUGUCGGAGGAUUUGACGGCACGACGGGUUUAAACACUUGUGAGGUGUACGAGCCUCGACAUAACGAAUGGCAACCGAUAUGUAACAUGAGUGUUCGUCGCAGUUCAGUUGGCGUUGGUGUUUUGAAGGGUCACUUGUACGCAGUGGGAGGUUACGACGGCGCGUCACGCCAGUGCUUGUCCUCUGUGGAGAGGUAUGACCCUGUCAAAAAUGAGUGGCAGAUAGUGACAGAUAUGACAGUGAAAAGAAGCGGAGCGGGUGUGGGAGUACUAGGGGACUAUUUAUAUGCAGUUGGUGGUCACGACGGCCCGCAUGUUCGAAAAAGUGUAGAAUAUUAUAACCCAGAUUCAAAUAAAUGGACUUUAGUCGCUGAUAUGUCGUUAGCUCGCCGUAAUGCUGGCGUAGCAGCUGUCGAUGGCUUGUUAUACGUCGUCGGCGGGGACGACGGUUCAAUAAACUUAUCAACUGUCGAAAUAUAUUCACCUAGAACUGACCAGUGGACUUUGUUGCCGUCACAAAUGAGUACUGGUCGUAGUUAUGCCGGCGUCGUUGUAGUGGAAAAGCCUUUUAGCGUGUGACACCCGUCAUUCUUUACGAUAGUUAGAAUAAGAGUUACGAUGUCGUCGUUUGAAUCCAGUGGUUGUCGUGUACGUUGCUUGGUGCGAACAUUCUAUCGAAAGAAAAAUGAGAGUUCCGCAACCUGUCACCGGUAAAACGUGAAAAGGUUUUACCUUGUUCCCCCUUUUAGGGUUGCUCUUUCUGAAAGCAUUGGGAGCAAUAUUUGAAAAGAACCAUUUUGAAAUAUUUAUUCAUAAACUGCCUCGAUUAUCCGUGCUUCACUUAUCCAAAUGAUAAUUAAUUUAAUUUUCUUUACUAAGCUGCUUUGCUUCAUGUUGCAAGCAGAAAAAUUAUUAUUUUGUGAAUUUGAUUUUUUUUUGCAUAUCUUAUCACCCCAACUUUUUCUGAUUAAUUUUAUAAGCCAUGUUUUACCACCGCAAAAACAAAUUAAAAUUUUCGAAGAAUUUAAUUAACCAGUAUUCUGUUUUUAAAUUUUUGGUGUGCUAGGCCUUUGAAUAAUCGAGAUAAGUUUAACUUCAGAUAAUCGAGACACCACGCUACUACUGUUUAAAUUGUUUUAAUACCGUGCAGAUGGAGAACCUCCGUGCACUAUGGGAGAGCAUCGCAAAUAAUUCGUAGCUUCCUCAACAUAUUUAGUUGGUUCGUACGUCAAUUAACAUUCCCCAUCUUCAGACAUUUUAAACGUCCCAGGGUACCCCAAAUUUUCACAACGAUUAUUUUAUAUAACGUGAUGCUCCCAGAAUUUUUUGACUGAGCAUGGUCUCAUCCGGUUGUUUUUAAGAAGCUGAUGACGUCAUGUUUUCCACAUCAAGUUUUGUAAUAUUUGGAUAGUUUUGUAGAUUCAGAUUAAGAAUAUAUUUGUAAGACUA